UGAGGCGGCCGGAAGCGGGGCAGGAGGCCGGAGCAGUGACGGCCCCAGCAGCGGCGGAGUUAGAGACGCGCUGGCUGUGGCUGCCACGGCGGGGGUCCUGGGCGAUGGAGAACGGAGCGGUGUACAGCCCCACCACGGAGGAGGACCCGGGCCCUGCCCGGGGCCCCCGCAGCGGCCUGGCCGCCUACUGCUUCCUGGGCCGGCUCCAGUGGCAUCGGCGCGCCCUCAAGGGCUUGCAGCUGGUGCUGUCUCUGCUGGCCUUCGUCUGUGAGGAAGUCGUAUCGCAGUGCACCUUGUGCGGAGGACUUUACUUCUUCGAGUUUGUGAGCUGCUGCGCCUUUCUCCUGAGUCUCCUGCUGCUGAUUGUGUACUGCACGCCCGUGUACGACAGAGUCGAUGCCCUCAAAGUCAAGUCAUCGGACUUCUAUAUUACCUUGGGAACAGGAUGUGUGUUUUUGUUGGCAUCCAUCAUUUUUGUUUCUACGCAUGACAGGACCUCAGCUGAAUAUGCAGCAAUUGUGUUUGGCUUUAUGGCAAGUUUCAUGUUCCUGUUUGACUUCUUCGCUAUGCUCUAUGAAAAACGACAGGAGUCCCAGCUCAGAAAGCCCGAGAACACCGCGCGGGCAGAAACCCUCACGGAGCCGCUUAAUGCUUGAAGACUCGGGAGCCCGGACGCCGAAGGCAGCCCUGCGCAAGGCCUGGCCCUGGCGGGCGCUGUGUAAGAUCCGUGUGACUGUGUGGACCACACACCAUUUCUGUUGGCCAUCAAGGGGCAGGGCGGGAGACGGCGUAUCACACUGGACUGUUAGGCACUCACCACACCUUAGGCCAGAGGUUUUCACUUGUGUUUUUGUUCUGUUUGAAUAACCAACAAAACCUGUGUCAAAUGGGGAUUGUGGGGAGAGGAAGGAAGGGCCGGUGUUUCUAAUUCACGUAGCUCAACGGACGAAACGUGAUGAUUGUUCCGUUGCAGAAUGUCUCUUCCUAAGCUUAGCUUCCAAAUUACGCUAUACGGCUGUAUGGACAGCGUGAUUGUAUUAUCCAUUUAGAAUCGGUUUCAUUUUUUAAUUUGCUUUGCUACUAGUUUUUAUGAUUAGAUGGUGUUCUGUGAUGGAAACUUGUGUAUUUAAGAGAUCAAUGUUUUAAAUGUUGGUCAAGGGUUUUUCCUCCCGUAAUGCUGAAUUCUACUGCCUCUCUCUUAGCCUUGAGAUUAUAUUGUAACACUUCAGGAUAAUCAUUACUAAGCCUUCUGAGACCUCCGGGUAGCCUAAUACAAGACGUGUGGGAGAUGUUGGUCUUCCACAUGUACGGAAGCAAAGCCAGCAGCCUCAUUUCUACUGCUCUUUGGUUGUUGAUGCCAUGCCAAAAAAAAAAAGAUACUGCUAUAACACAAAGAAAAAGUGAGGAAACUGAUGCUACAACAGAGGACCAAAGAUAAGAAAGACUUUUUGUCCAGUGUGGUGAAAGCGAUGACCAGAAUAAGCUUUGACCACUUACUAACGAGAGAUGCGUUCAUACUGGAUUAGAAAUGGUCCAUUGCCCUGUUGAUAUUUGAUUACUUCUACUUGAGUUAACGCAGCUCCCUGGAUCCUGUUGAUUGUUUUCUUUGAGCCAGUCUUUAGAAACCCCAGCCGUGGACUUCAUCUCUAGGAGACGCUCCCUGUUCUGCGUCCUUCGCAGAAUGGUUUCUGUGCUGCGGCCCCCUCUGGCAGAGGCCGGCGUCUGGGUUUCUCUGUUGUUGUCAGUGGCCUGGAGUCUUGGGCUCCUUUUCUUACCAGCAGUGGGUAGCAAGAGCUCUAGGGUCCCUUUUCCGCAUAGGCAUUGCUCUUGUUUCUUUCUGGAAGAAAAUGAACACCCAGAGAACACUGCCCAGAACAGUGGCGUUGACGGUCUAAGAAGCUGGUCAACCGUUCCCAAGAGACUUGGCAGCCUGUUCUGACAAAGGGGAGAAGUCGCUGCUGGAGGCUGUGUGAGAGCAGCCGUCCAGAGGCCUGGCGGAAGCUGCCUGCCCGGGCAUGCACGGACCAGACCUUUCUUGUCCUCCUCCUGGAGUUUCUCCCUGCUCUCCAGCGUUAAGGCCCUGAGCCGCACAUCAGGUCGGGAAAUACUUCGGUGGAAGUCUCCCAGGCUGGUUUUCUCUCGGAAGCUGCAGAAUCAUGUUUCCUGUGGUAGUCUGAUGACCUCAUCCUUUUGAAUUUCCCCUCUGCCUUCUGUGUGUUGUUAGGUGGGUUUUAGUGGUGUGGUGGCGGCUGACACGGUGCUCCGGAACUGGUCGGGGCGGCCAGGUGUGGCUCCUGCUCCGUCUCCCAGUCUCAGUACCUUGUCCGUCUGUCAGAGGUCGGAUGCUGGGUUAGUGACGUCAUCGCUCCUCCCUGGGAGAUGAUGCAACCAAUCAUGGGCACUGUGCGUCAGGAGCAUGUCUUCCAAGACAAGAAGUAGCUGGGUCGGAGGUCCAGGAGUAAGGAUUGGUUCAAAGAUAACAGUUGUGGAAUCUGACACAAAACUGUACCAUUGCCGUCUUAGAUGUCACCUAGACCCAUCUGACUUCACGGCAAGUGCCCUGGGCUACCUCAGGGUUAGCACCCACACACUGGGCGUGGCCGAGCCGGACGGCCCUGGCCAGCUGCCCUCACAGCAGAGGGGCUGGCACUGCGCUCGGCUCUGCCUGCUCGGAGCUUUACCUCGUCUGUUCCAUCGGUGCAGAAGUGGCCUCUUGGAUGGCCGCUUACUAACCCUUGUCCUUCAGAAAGACGGUUCGCUGGUGCUUUUGGUCACCCUUAGAGCCUUUCCCAUUGUAUGUUAUGGGGACCGUGAGAGUCAGCCUCUCUGCUCUACUUCAGAAGGAAAUAGUUAUAAAAAGCCUAUUGUGAUAAAUAAGUUCAAGGAGAACUCGGGACCAGAAACGACUUAUGUACAGAAAAGGGCAACCUCAAUAAACUCAAAUCUAAAAUAAUUUUUAUUAACAGAUAUAGUAAAUUUAAUGUUAUAUUUUAUACAUAUAAAAUGUUUAAAUGGUUCUUAAAAUUAUAAGGGAGAUAAUGCACUUUCAGUACAAAAAUUUUAUAAUUACUGUACUUAACAUUCUGUCUGGGGACUGGGAAGUGUAUUUUUACAUUGUUUAUAGCCAAUCAUUUUUGUAUAGUCGAUUUAAAUCCUGUGGGCCUUUUGUAUCUCUCUUAACAUCAAAUUUUAUAAUCAUCUUUAUAAAUAAAUCCACUUAAUGCAG